AUGUCGAAUUCUCUUCUUGUCUGUCUGUCUGUCUGUGUGUCUGUCUGUCUCUCUCUCUCUCUCUCUCUCUCUCUCUCUCUCUCUCUCUCUCUCUCUCUCUGCCUAUUUCGUCCCAGUGUUGAAAUCUAUUUCUGUCUGUCUUUCUCUUCCCUCUCUCUAUUCUUAUUUUGUCUAACUACCACCCUCCCUUUCUCUCUGAUUUACUCUCUAUGCCCAUCCCUCUCUUUCUGUUUCCCUCACCAAUCCCUCUUUGCAUAUCUUUGUCUCCAUCCGUCUUUCUCUCGCUUCCUGUUUUACUCUCUCUCUGUGUCCCUUCCUCUUUCGAUUUCUCUUAGAUUCCUCUCUCUACGUGCCCCUCUCUCUGUUUCUUUUUCCAUGUCCAUCUCUCUUUCUUUUCUCUAUGACCAUCUUUCUAUUUCUCUAUCCACUUUCUAUAUUACACACACUCUCUCUCUCUCUCUCUCUCUCUCUCUCUCUCUGUCUUAUUCCCAAAUAAGUCUUUGCGAUGUACUCUCGAUACACCUCUUCUCUCUUUCUGUUUUACUCUCUAUUUCCACCAGUCUUUCUCUUUAUUUAUCUAAUCACUCUCUUUGUCGCACUUGCAUUUUACUCUCUCUACGCCCGUCUGUCUCUUCUGCUUGUCACUCUAAUAUAUUUGUGCAUAUCGCAUUCUCCUAG